AAACCCCAAACUUCUACCUUUCUGAAACCCCACUUAUCUCCUUCUUCAAAUCAUCGGGUAAGUUCCAAUAUUUCUUAAUUUCUCUUUGUUUUAGCCCAAUUUCCACGCCAAUUAUUUGUAAUGCAAUAUUUUCCCCAUCAAAUUCCGUUUCAAAUCGUCUCAAUUCCGAGUCUUUGGGUUUCGUUUCGCUUUCAAGAAAUUGAAACCCUAGACAGAUUUUACGUAUCUGGGUUUGUGUAAUUGGGAGCUGAAAGUCCACCGUGGAUAAAAGAUUGGAGAUGAAGGCGCUAAAUAGUGCAAGGCGCAGAAGGUUUCAUGGGAUUUUCAAUGGCUUUUGCGCCAUGGUUGUGUUUUUCUUCUUUUACAAUCGGGAAGACAUAAUUCGUAAUCCGCUUCUAAGGCAAUCCGCAUAUUUGGUGAAUCAUCGUUUGCCUCAAAAUGCGAUUUUGAAAGAUGGGAAUUCUGUGAUUCACCGUAGAAUGGUUGAAAUCAGCCUCAACACUUCAAGUGUAAGUGGUGAGCCUCAUGAGAAAGAUUUAGCUGUAAGUGGUGGUGGUGGAUUUUGUACUGGAUUGCUACGCCAUGAUGGUUAUGCUAGCCCCUGUGAAUACUUAAAGGCCAAUCCACAAUGUUCUUCUGAGGGAUAUCUUGAUUACUUGAGGUUUUUCUAUUGUAAGUGUCAGGGUUUUGGAGUGCUUGGUUAUCUAGUUUUGGGUGUAUGGCUUGCUGCUUUGUUUUAUCUCUUGGGAAACACUGCAGCUGACUACUUUUGCCCUUCUCUUGAGCACCUCUCAAGGCUAUUGAAAUUGCCUCCAACCGUUGCUGGGGUUGUGCUGCUUCCACUUGGGAAUGGAGCACCUGAUGUGUUUGCUAGUAUAGCUUCCUUUGUGGGUUCUGGAACAGGUGAAGUUGGUCUUAACAGCGUGUUAGGUGGUGCUUUGUUUGUUACCUGUAUUGUUGUUGGAACUGUUUCUCUAUGUGUUACAGAGAGGGGGAUUCGAAUUGAUCGGAGAUGUUUUAUAAGGGAUGUUAGUUUCUUUCUGUUCACUCUUGGUUCACUGCUUUUGAUUUUGGUUGUUGGUAAGGUGGGUGUUGGGGCAGCCGUUGCUUUUGUAUCAAUUUAUGUUGUUUAUGCAUUCAUUGUUGCUGCCAAUGAGAUAUUACGGAAACAUGCACAGAGGUUGAAAUUGGAUGCUGUCACACCAUUGCUUCCUGUCCAGGGAAGUGUGUUCUCUCUUGGUUCAGAAGAGGAUACUUCUAUCUAUAGCUCUUUGCUUGACUUGGACACUGAGAGUGAUCCUCCCCGUCUCCCUCCUUCCUUGCCACAGUGGAUGUGGUCUUCGAAUGUGGCAAUAUAUUCAAACCAAGCAAGUAAAAUCAAUUUUUUAGAUGAUGAAAGGCCUCCUUGGGGUUGGAGUGAUGAUUCCACGGGAAACACCAGGUUAUCAUUCUCUGUUUCAAAGCUUUUUUUAUUGAUGGAGAUGCCUCUGGCUAUUCCUAGACGGGUAACAAUUCCAAUGGUCCAUGAGGAAGUUUGGUCAAAACCAUUUGCUGUGGCCAGUGCUUCGUUGGCUCCCAUUCUCGUAGCCUUUUUAUGGUGCACCCAAGAUAAUGUGGGUUAUCAGGGUACUAUUCUUACUUAUAGUGUUGGCGUUGCAGUUGGAUGUGCACUUGGUAUUCUUGCAUACAAAUACACAGUUUCUGAUCAUCCACCGCCUCAGUUUUUGAUUCCCUGGGUUCUUGGAGGAUUCCUCAUGAGCAUAGUGUGGUUCUACAUAAUAGCAAAUGAGCUUGUGGCUCUGUUAAUAGCAUUUGGUGUAAUUUUCGGAAUUAAUCCAUCCAUACUGGGAUUAACUGUAUUAGCAUGGGGAAAUUCAAUGGGAGAUUUGAUGUCAAAUGUUGCAUUGGCAUUGGAUGGAGAAGAUGGACUUCAGAUUGCUUUAUCUGGGUGCUAUGCAGGUCCUAUGUUCAACACACUUAUUGGUUUGGGGAUCUCGUUGCUGAUUGGUGCCUGGUCAAAUAAACCUUCUUUGUUCGUUGUGCCUGAAGACAGUAGCUUAUUUUACACCAUGGGAUUUCUGAUCACAGCACUGCUAUGGGCCCUUGUUAUUUUACCACGCAACAAUAUGUAUCCUAACAGAAUAUUAGGAAUGGGACUCAUCACCCUUUAUUUGAUAUUUCUUUCUUUCACAGUGUGCUCUGCUAUGGGGCUCAUAUCAGUUGCUGGUUUAAGUUGAUUUUUCACAAUUGAUCUCCGUUGUAAUCAAAAUGAGCGUGGUUUCUACACGUCUUUGGGCCAUGAGGCCAUGUGCUAUAAAUUCUGUUCUGCGGACAGCUGAUAUAUUGGGCAAAAAGAACUUCAGAAAAGAAAAAAUGGGUCUCCAAAUAGCUGUAUUGGAGUUACUGCUUCAGCUGAAGAAACCAUUUUUGUAUACUUAAACAUGAUGUACUCUUGUACUAAAAACAAAAAAAAACAUGAUGUACUCAUCAGUUAGAUUAACAACAGGUAGUAAUCUCAUUACAUUUUUCGAAAAAUAAACUCCUAAGGAUACCCACGUACUGA